AUGUCCCUCUUCGAGAAGACCCGGGUGCUUUUCCACGUCCGGAAUCCUCUGGCACGGGAAUGUUUGGCUGAGCUCUACGCAGUCUUUGUGCUCAUCCUUCUCACCCUGAGCGCCGCAGCACAGAUGGUCACCAGCUUCGAGCUGAAGGGCAACACCAUCACUGCCAACCUGGCGGGCUCCCUGGCUGUCAUGGUGGCCAUCCACACGGGGGGAGGAGUCUCUGGAGCUCACCUGAACCCGGCGUACACCUUCAGCCUCUGCCUGAUGGAACAGUUUCCCUGGUGGAAAUUCCCCGUCUUUGUGUUUGUGCAGACCUUGGGAUCCUUCCUUGCCUCUGGAGCUGUCUACAUCCUCUACUAUGAUGCCAUCUGGAACUACAGCAACGGGACCCUCACCACCUCUGGCCCCCGGGAAACUGCUUCCAUCUUUGCCACCUACCCUGCCAGCCACCUCUCCCUCUCCAAUGGUUUCGUGGACCAGGUGAUGGGCACGGCGAUGCUGAUCACGGGGGUCCUGGCCCUCCUGGAUGCCCGGAACAAAAGGGUGAUCAUGGGUCUGGAGCCUCAGGCCGUGGCCCUUUUGGUCUUGUCCAUCGGGCUCUCCAUGGGCUUCAACUGCGGCUGCCCCAUGAACCCUGCCCGGGAUUUUGGGCCCCGGCUCUUCACCUACGUGGCAGGUUGGGGUCCAGAGGUGUUCAGGAGGGGCAAUGGGUGGUGGUGGGUGCCGGUGGUGGCUCCGCUGCCGGGGGCAGCCCUGGGCACCUUUCUCUACCACCUCUUCGUGGCUUUCCAUCACCCCAUGGACUGGGAGGACCCCCUGGCCCUGCAGAACUCUCCGGACUCCAAGACACCCCUGGAGAAGGAAGAUCCCAGGGAGAUACAGCUCCAGAAGCAGUGAUGCCAGGGACACCCCCCCGUCCUCCU